AUGUUAAAGUUAAUUCCAUUAGGAACAUCAGCUGGACAAUCCACUAUAUAUCGAAAUACAACAUCAAAUUUAAUAGAAAUGCAAAAUGGUAGAUUUAUCUUAAUUGAUUGUGGAGAUGGAAUAUUAAACACAAUAAUCAAACUAGGUAUUAAUGUUAAACGUAUAGAAUUAGUAUUAAUCACUCACCUUCAUUCAGACCAUGUAUCUGGAAUUAUUGCUUUGUUAUUUAAUUGGAUAUUAAACGACUGUGAUGUAUAUUUACCUGAAGGAGGAGAUGAUUUGAUAGAAACAUUUAAACGAAUAUCAAAGUCAUCAAUUAAUGAGAGUAUAAGAAUACACCAAAUACCAAAAGGAGAUCAUGAUAAAAUAAUUACAUUAUCAUCUGGUGUAUCUGUAGGUUGUAUAGAAAUUCCACAUGAAAUUGAAAGUCAUGGAUUUGUUUUUAAAGACCAAAGAGGUUUAGUAGUUUGCGUAUUAGGUGAUACAAGUGGAAGAAAUUUGAAUUUCCUAUAUAAAGUACAUGUUUUAGUUCAUGAAUGUACAUUUGGAAGUAGUUCUGAAAUCAAAUGGGGUCAUUCUAAUUGUAAGAUAGCUGCUCAAUGUGCAGAAAGUGUUUAUGCUGACUAUCUGUUACUCAACCAUUUUUCUGUUAGAUUCAAACACCCACAACAAUUCGUAAAUAUUGAACAACAAACAUCCCAACUUACUGAAGCAGAAGUCAUAAUUUUGAAUGACUUUGAAACUUUUGAUUUAAGUUCAGUACCAGUUAAUUGA